GGCUGGGACGGCUCCUUUAAGAGCGGCGGCGGCGGCAGUGGGGCGCGUGUUGGAGGCCUGGCCGGCUGGCGGGCACCGGGAUCUGCCACUGAAAGGAGAAGUUGUCGGAGGCGGUGCCCCCGGGGGCCGGUUGCGGGAGGCAGGGAAAGGCAAGGCUCGGGGCUCGCUGGCUCCCUGCCCACCCGCCAGGGGGCAUGCCAAGUUGGCCACUCUCCGCCUGGCUAGCGCGCGUGCCAUCGGGGGACCUCCUGCCUUGAGUCCCGGAGGGAUGUACACCAUCACGCGUGGGCCCAGCAAGAUCGCCACUCAAAGGAGAACAGGUCCCACGCAGCAGGUGGACAGCAAGGCGAGCGCCCUGAAAUGCAAGCGGCGGCCGCAGCAGCAACUCAGCUCCUGUCCCCUGUCAAGCUCUGCUCCCAAGCUCGUGUUCAACAGGGUGAAUGGCAAGAGACCACCGCUGAUGCCACAGCAGAUGCCAGCCACAGAAGAAAGCUACACGACAGCUCAUGAAGAAAAUGUCCGGUUCGUGUAUGAAACCUGGCAACAGGUAGAACAGCAGUUGUUCAACAGCCACCCUGGAGAAAACGGAUCCGGCCCCAUGCAGUACACAGACAAGGUGCCCAGCCCGGAACUAAAAGAUUUUGUGCCAAUAGAUCUUGAAGACUGGUGGGCACAGCAGUUCUGGGCCAAAAUUAAGAAUGGCUCUUAAUGCAGGAUGCAGUAGAACGAUUUUACAACUGAAACACUAAAGUUCGAGGUACCCCCCAAGGCCUGCCCCUGCCCAAGAGGAGAGAGAAGCGUUGGGACCAUGGCAGACCUGCUCAUUGGCUAUGUCCACAGCGAGGGGCAGGGAAGAGACCAGACUCUGCCCAGCUGUGCUACUUCGGUGCUGGCUUUUGCACAAGGAAUAUUCCUGGAGACGGCAAGUUCUGGAUGUGCUGUGGUGAUGUGGGAGUGGGCCCGGGGAGGGGCCAGCAGCCCCCACUGUUCUCUCGCUCUGGGCCGGCACGCUACUUAUAAGCCUGUGGUGCGGCCUGCAGCCAGGACUGUUUUCAGAAUAAAAGUGCUGAUGACAUCAGCGGAACGAA